AUGGUAAGCAGGAAGUUGGAGGCGCCGACGGCGGCGCACUGGGCCGCCGUCAAGCAGAUCCUACGCUAUUUCACCGGGACGCUGAACCAUGAAGGUUGUCACCGUGUCAUCUUGCGAGGCCGAGUACAUGGCGGCGGCAACCAAAGCCAGCCAAGCGUGUGGCUGUGCAGGCUCUUCGGCGAGCUCACCGGCGACACUCCAACGAGGGCGAAGCUGCGCAUCAACAACAAGUCGGUGAUUGCUCUUAGCAAGAAUCCGGUGCACCACGACAAAAAUGGCGAGGUGGAAGUCGACCAUGUCAACACCGACGGACAGCUUGCUGAUUUCCUCACCAAGGCGCUGGGGCGGAUCAAGUUUGUUGAAAUGAGAUAG